GCUCACACUGACUGAGGCUUUUGCACUAAUUAAUUUUUUUCUUGGUAGAUGGUGGCUCGCGCUAAUUGCGGUUCGCGCUAAGUGGGGCUCUACUGUAUGUAAAACCAAGUAAGAGUACCGUCAUUUAAUAUGCACCAACGAGAGGCAACACCAACAUAUAUAAAGCUGGAGAGGCGUGUGGGCAUCAUGGGGGAGGAGAGCGAGGAGGAGUGUGACCCCCCCAGCAGCCUCCCCCCCGUCAAGAGGGUCAGACUCACACAGACGGACCUCCUCAACCUGCUGCUCAAUGAGGUGACGGAGAUCAGAACAUGUAUGAACACGCGCCUCACCCUGCUGGAGACCAAGGUGAGCGUCCUCGUUCACACCUGCAACAAGAUCUCCUCAAGGCUGGACACCAUGGAGCACCUGGCCACCACCACCUCCACCGCUGCCACUGCCUCCUCCUCCUCCUCCUCCUCCACCACCUCCGCCUCCACCGCCAACUCCACCUCAGCCUCGGGAAACGCCAAGCAGAAUGAUCAGAGUGUGAGCAUGGAGAUGGGCAUGGAGCUCCCCAGCGGCGGUAACACCCCCAUCUUGGUGCAGGACACAGAGGCCAGUGCCCACAUGAACGUCAUCUCCCUAAACUCCGAGGACGACUUCCCGCACGGCUCCUGGCUGGGCGACCCCUCCCAGCCCACCCUCAGAGUCCGCUGUCCCAUCACCCCGCAGAACCUGCUGCACAUCAACUCGACAUGCAUCACCGCGGAGAAGAUGGCCCUCACCCUCCUGGACUACCUCUUCACCAAGGACGAGCUCGCCACCUCCAACCUCUCUGGCAGAAGCCGAUGGAACAAGAGGCAGCUGGACCCUCUGAUGAUGUUCGGCAUCCGGUGUCACCUGCAGUACAAGUUCAACAUCUCGUCCAAGCUCUGGCACAAGAUCUGCCAGAACAUGGACUCCAAGUGCCGCUCAGCGUGGAAGAGGCGGAUCAGGGGCAUGGUGACCCAGCCCAAGCAGCGGCAGCAGGCGCCUCAGAUCGGCCACACGUCAUCAGUGCGCAAGGACCCGGCAGUCACGGAGGACAUCUCCUUCGACUUCGACUCCCUCCAAAACUCCAACCUCGACCUGAGUGAUGUGAAGGUGAUCACACAGUCCCCCACCUGUGAGCUGAGGAUCCUGAGUGCCACGCCGGAGCAGAUCUCACAGCUGCAGGACACCCAGGAGAUCAUCCUCUCAGAAGAACAGAUCCUCGCGCCACCUUCUAGUGAGAAGAGCAUCCUGAUCAGCAACUCCUCCCCAUCUGUGUCCAUCGGGGGCGAGGGUCUGGGCGGUGAGCUGGACAUCGGUCAGACCCCAACGCUGGCCUCCAUCGACCACUCAGACCACCGCAUCACCCUUAAGACUGAGCCGGGGCUGGCCAUUCUGGACCAGCACGGCAUCCUGGCCAGGGACUCCGAGACAGACGACUGAAGGACUCUUUGAGGGCUGUUGGGGAGAUACUAUUUUUGUCAGCCUUAAUAAUAAUCUCACCCAUCUCAUGCCCAUUCUGCUCCUCUUCUCCCUGAUAAUAUUUCACUGUUGCUUUGUUCAUCUCAUCUAUCAUCGCAUUUUUUCCUAAUUUUAUACUACCUUUUAGCUGUUGGGGAGAUCAUAUUUUUUGUUGGCCUUAAUUAAAAUCUCAUGCCCAUUCUCACCCUCUUCUCCCUGGUGACUAGUCAUUAUACUGUUGCUUUGUCCAUCUCAUCUAUCAUCCCUUUUCUCUUUUUCCCAUUUUUCCCUAAUACCUUGUAGGGGAGGGACUCAUUAUCAUUAAGUGCAUUCAACCUUCAUAUAAACUGCUUGGGCUGUCUCUUUAAUUUCCCAUAUUGCUGUUUAUUAACCUGGUAGCAGCGGGGAUCAUAUUUCUUAAUGGUCCCUCCAAGCAAGAAAAAUGAGAAAAAAUCACCUCACACAAACCAUUUCAUAAUAUAUAUCAAAGCAUUUGUGAUCAGAUUAUGUAUCAUCUAUUUUGGGGGGUUUAUGUCAUGGCAUAAAUUUGGCCCGUCGCUGCUACACAGUUAAGCCACAAAUUUGACCCUUCACUGCUACCAGGUUAAAAGAAGCAUUUGCCUCUUCCACACUGUGCUAACCUCGAGGAUUCUCUUUUUCCCUUUUGCCAUAUAUAAAAGAAGUAUUCACCUCUUCCACAUACUAAUAAGCUUGAGUAUUCUUCUCUAAACUACAUAAAUUCACCAGUAUUCUCCAUUCCCUACUUAUUCUCCUGGUAUCCUCACAUUCUCCAGCCCAAGACUAUUCCCCAAUCAUUCUCCAUACUUAUGCAUUCCCUAGUCAUUCUCAGCACCACAGUCGCCUUGUAUUGUCCAACCUAAAACUACUCCCAUAUUCUGCCAUGCUCCCUCCCUCUUCCUUACUAAUAACUUCUUCUUUUUGUACGAUUUGAGUAAAUGAAUAUAAUGGGUAUCCACAAAUUCCUUAUUACAUAUCAUGACAUGGCCCCACCCUCCUCAUGAGCAUAGUUAUAUACAUCACACCCUCCCUCAUAAUGAUGCCCAAGUUGACUACUUUUAUGCCCUUAUAGAUAUUAGGCACACGUACAUACAACACCUUCCUGACACACUCCUGGGUAUUCUCCACCUUUCCCUCAUUCUUCUGUUCAAGCUGGUGUCACUUUACCCCCAAGCCUUAUUAGGAGUUACAGUACCAUUUUCUCUAUAUUAAAACCCAAAUAGAAUGAAACUAAUUGUAAGAGAUAAUUUAAAUCUUUCACAUACUACACAUUUCUAUAGCAAGGCGCAAGUAUCUUUUCUCUCUUUAUUCUACGUACUUUGAUUAUAUUCCGAUUCCCACAAUGAUUGAGGUGAUCCUAUGAUAUUUAAGGCCCUGGCCACUCAUCUAUUGUACCUGUUGAAUAAUCUGUCUUCAUGCAGGUUGCUACUACAUUGGGUAGCUACUGUUGUUAAUAUUUUCCUAAUAAAGUAUUGAUCUACAAA